AUCGAUACAUUUUCACACUCAUUUUGCUAUAUCGUAAACUAAGUCGAAACUACUUAAGGCUGGUUUUCAUUUUGGCAUAUUCAGUGGCAACAGUUGGCAUUUAGGUGAAAACAGGUUGUCAUAUGGGAUCAUUUUCAUUUGACGACAUAUUUGGCUCAGUGAAAUGACGUCCAAAUGAGAACGGAUAUUUGGAUGUCAAUCAUUACAUGUGGCAACAUUUUACAUCCAAAAUACAUUUGCCAGCAUGUUGUCAAAUUCAUUGUGUUUGACAGUUGGAUAGGCGCGAUAACCAAAAAUCUUAAAACUUCUUUAAUUUAAUCAUUUUUAUGGAAAAUAAGUGACUUUCAAAUCAUUAAAAGCAAAAUGGAUAAUUCAAGCGCAACAAUUGCCAACACCAAGAAGCGGGUGCGGAAGCCAGCAAACAGAACAGCUUAUAGAAGCUGUCCAGAUACGGGAGGGCCUUUGGAACUACUUGUCCAGAGAAUACAGGGACAGAAACUUAAGGGAGGCUCUUUGGGAUGAUGUAGCAAAGGAAAUAGAAUUGCCACGAUUAGAAGUGACUAUAAAAUGGAAUAGCCUUCGGUGUUCCUUCCGCGCGGCGUUUAAUAGAAUGGCAACUACAAAAAGUGGUCAAAGCGCCAAAAGACUGAGUGAACUGAGCCAGCUGUACAACUCUCUGAAAUUUUUGGAGCCCACGUUAAACUCUGCGGCUUCUACAACUUCAAAUUUGAUGGAUCCAACGGAUAUCAUGUAUGAAGUCGAGUUUUUGGAAACGGAUGAUUUGGAAUCGACGCCGUCAACAUCCAAAACAACACCAACUCCUUCGGCAAAGCGGCGGCGCAUGGAAAAAGAAGACGCCGAUUUUGCUAAGACUGUCGAGAGUGCUUUGCAAACAAUAACUUCGGCAUCGAAAACGGACAAGUGGGACGAUUUGGGAGCAUUUGUUUCGUCAAGUGGACGGGAGCUGGAUAUCGAAAAUCCACUCCUCGCCAAAGAAUUUAAGGUGGCCGUACAGGAAGUGAUUUUAAACUUUCAAAAGAUAGCUGUAAGCAACACAAGUGUCUUCUCAGAAGAUUUAACCUAAUACUUGCUUAUCAGGAUAUAAUAUUUAUUUUGAAAUAUUUAUUUUGCAAUUGAAUGCUUAUUUUUUUUGUUUUGUUAAGGUGGCCUCACACAAAUGCGAUAUUAGUUUUUUAACAAUUACUUAUUUGCAAAUAAAAUGUACAAUUUAGAUUUAAGUAGCUCUAGAAUUAGCCAGUGUACUUAAAUGUAUAUUUGUACAUAAAUAUAUGUACACGGCUGGCUCGAUAAUUAGAAACGAUUUGUUUUUAAAAGUUUUGACCAUUUAUUUUUAUUUAUUACUUUUAAUUUAUUUUUUAAGAAAAUAUAUUUCAUGUUACAACAAAAAUUAUGUAACUAAAAGUUUUAAACUUUGUUCAAGAGUGAUAAUAAUUCGACACAGUUCAAAAAAAUUAACAUCAAAAUUUCAAACUCUUUAAUAAGAAUCUCUAGAACUCAAGUAUGCAGUUUGAUGAAAAUUUUUUGAACUGUCUCGAAUUGUUAUCACUCUUGAACAAAGUUUAAAACUUUGAGUUACAUAUUUUUCGUUGUAACAUGAAAUACAUUUUCUUAAAAAAUAAAUUAAAAGUAAUACAUAAAAAUAAAUGGUCAAAACUUUUAAAAACAAAUCGUUUCUAAUUAUCGGGCCACCAGUAUAUAAACAGUGAUGAACAAAAGUACUGGCACAGUUAAUUUUAAGCUAUGUAUGCAAAGUUUUUUAUCUUAUUUAUUUGCGAUAAUUUUUUAUAAAAAUAUGGCACAUACU